AUGGCGCCCGAUAUCGACUCCAUCUCCAGCGAACCCCUCGCCAACCAUGCUACCGAUGGCUACGCCAAUAAUGGCGUGGCUCGCGCGGAGUACACUAUUCCAGACAUCGUCCUACAUGGCCCUUUCACGCGAAAGAUCAAGGUGCUCUCUAUCGGAGCGGGAGUAACGGGCAUCAUGAACGCCUACCAUAUCCAAAAGCUGCUCAAGAACGUCGAGCAUGUCAUCUAUGAGAAGAACGCUGAUAUCGGAGGCACUUGGCUGGAGAAUAGGUACCCGGGUGCCGCGUGUGAUAUACCCUCUCACGCCUACACGUACCCUUUCGCCCUCAACCCAGAUUGGCCACGCUUCUUCAGCUACAGCCCUGAUAUCUGGAAAUAUCUCAAUAAAGUAUGCGAUGUAUGGGGCCUGAGGAAGUAUAUGACCUUCGACACAGAAGUGGUGGGCGCCUACUGGCAAGAAGAGGAAGGCGAGUGGCUUGUCAAACUCCGAGAGACAAAAGGCGGACAGAGUCGUCUCUUUGAUGAGCGCUGCCACGUCCUCCUACAUGGCACAGGCAUCCUGAACAACUUCAAAUGGCCUAACAUCGAGGGCAUGGAGAAGUUCAAGGGCAAGAUCGUCCAUACGGCCCGCUGGCCAUCAGACUACCAGGCCGAAGCCUGGAAGAACGACAGCGUCGCCAUCAUCGGCUCCGGCGCGUCUUCCAUCCAGACCGUGCCUACAAUGCAACCCCACGUCAAGCACAUGGAUAUCUUCGUCCGCACACCCGUCUGGUUCGUGGAGAUCGCCAACAACUUCGGUGCCAACCACGCGUACACUGACUCGCAGCGAUCCGACUAUCGCGACCCGUACAAGAUCGUCGAGCACGCAAAGAGCAUCGAGGACCAGGUCAACGGGCUCUGGGGCACAUUCUUCAAAGGCGCAACGGCGCAAACCGAGGGCCAGAAGCUGCUCAAGGCUCGCAUGGCCGAGUUCAUCAAGGACGAGCGCCUACUCAAGGGCUUCACACCCAGUUGGGGCAUCGGUUGCCGUCGAGUCACACCCGGAGAUCCCUACAUGACAGCCAUCCAGAAAGAAAACGUCGACGUCCACUUCACCGCGGUCAACAAGAUCACCGAGACCGGCGUCGUUGGCGCCGACGGGACAGAGCGACAAUGCGACACGAUCGUCUGCGCGACGGGCUUCGACGUCUCCUACCGCCCACGCUUCCCCAUCAUCGGCCGCAACGGCGUCGACCUGGCCGACAAAUGGCGCGUCUGCCCCGAGGGCUACAUGGGCCUGGGCAUCCCAGACUUCCCCAACUUCCUGACCUUCAUCGGCCCCAACUGGCCGGUGGAGAACGGCUCGGUCAUGGGCCCGCUGUACUACGUCAGCCUGUACGCGCUGCAGGUGAUCCGCAAGCUGCAGAGCGAGUACGUGCACAGCCUGGCGCCGCGGCAGGACGUGACCGACGACUUCAACGCCCACUGCCAGGAGUGGGUGCGCCACACCGUCUGGACCGAGGACUGCCGCAGCUGGUACAAGAACAACGAGACCGGCCGCGUGAACGCCGUCUGGCCCGGCAGCAGUCUGCACUACAUCGAAGCCAUCCGCAACGUCCGCUACGAGGACUUUGAGAUCCGCUACGUGGGCGUCGCCCGGCAGAAUCGCUUUGCCUACUUGGGCAUGGGCACCACCGAGGCCCUCGUCACCAAGGGCGAUCCUAGCCCGUAUCUGAACGUGGCUAUGAUUGACCCUGACUGGAUGCGGGCUGUCGGUAUGGAUGAAGGGAAAAUCCAUGACGCGAAGAUCAAGGAGCUGGAGGAGAAGAAAAAGGUUCAGGCCGAGCGGAGUAAGGAGUCGGUGGAGUCGGUGAGCCUGAGCUGA